AUGAUUCAUACAGGCAAUGAAGGUAUUCAUCUUCAGGUUUAUCCCGAUGGGGAGCAUCGGGACUAUGUAGUGCCGGGGAGCUGUACGAACGGUACCAUUGACUGGAACUACCCAAAGGAGUACGUCAUCAUUCACUUCAAGGGGGAAGGUCACGUUCAAUAUUCCGUAUGUCUUGGAGGAAAUCUAGGUGGUGACAUGUUCACGCUUUAUGACGUCACUGGGGACACAAAACAAGCUAUUCCAAAAGGUACAUGGCCAUGUGUACAAGCUCAGAAUGGUCAUGUUUCUAUUGAGAUUCAUGCACCGGAGUUUCAGACUUACAUGGGAGCUGUAGACUAUUCUGUCCAAACGUCUUAAUAUAGUGUGUAUAUUUCAAUGAUGAAUAAAAUCUGUAUGAACGUUAACUUUAUAAAAAA